AUGUCGGCAGUAUCCGCCCAAUUCGGUGGUGGUUUCGGGGGCCCAGGUGGUCAGGGCGGAUACGGGGGCGGUCAGGGCGGAUACGGGGGCAGUCAAGGUGGAUUUGGGGGCAGUCAGGGUGGAUUCGGGGGCGGACGGGGCGGUCAGGGCGGAUUCGGCGGUCAGGGAGGCCGCGGUUUCGGAGGUAGCCAAGGAGGCUUUGGUGGCAACCAAGGAGGUUUUGGUGGCAACCAAGGAGGAUUCGGUGGACAAGGUGGAUUCGGACGACAAGGUGGCUUCGGAGGUUAA